AUGGGAGAUCUUUUCGAGCGUUGGAGCCUUUUCUGUGCGAUCGAUAAUCAAACACUCGAAACAGCCGCCGGUCAGCACCAGCGUCUCGCAGUUUCUAGAAACUGUGUAUAUCGCGUUCCAGACGCAUUGCGCGGCAUGUCUUGCGUCGAUCAAAUGGAUAAAUUUUCAUGA